AUGGGGUCCUGUCCAGUCCUGGUCUUCGUCCUGCUAUUUUCAGCAACUCUUCCUUUCAGUGGUGAUGGUGGGAAAAUACUGGUUUUCCCAAUAGAUGGAAGCCACUGGCUUAAUAUGAAGAUACUGGUGGAAGCCCUUCAUUCACAGGGUCAUCAAAUCACUGUGAUCCGUUCAUCAACCAGCUGGUACAUCCCUGAGUCUUCACCUCAUUACACCUCCAUCACCAUUCCACAGGAACAAUCCCAAAGUUUAGAAAGCCAACUGUUCAUGACCUCCUUCAUGAAGAAAGCACUGGAUGUCCGUCAGAGAAGGGGGUCACCACUGGCUUAUUUUGAAUUUUAUAGCAAUGUUUUCCAUUGGUUAACGGGGAACCAGAAAUUUUUUGCAGAACUGGCCCGCAGUAUCUUUGAGAAUAAGAAACUGAUCAAAGAGCUGAAUGAGACUGGGUAUGAUCUUUGUCUGACUGACCCAGUAUUUCCAGCAGGAGUGCUGUUAGGACACUAUCUCAAGCUCCCUAUGGUUUUCAAUGUGCGCUGGAUAAUCACUGGGGAGGGGCACUUUGCCAUCGCUCCUUCCCCUCUAUCUUACGUUCCUGAACUGUUCUCUGAAUACUCUGACAGGAUGGACUUUCUCCAGAGGGUCAACAAUAUGAUCUAUCACGGCUUUUUAGUCUACAUGUACUACUUUGUUACAAAUCCACCAUAUCAGGCUGUGUGCAAUGAUUACUUUGGACCUGAUGUGAGCCCCAUGUCCAUCAUGCAGGGGGCUGAUAUCUGGUUGAUGAGGGUCGACUUCACAUUUGAGUUCCCUCGUCCCACUAUGCCCAAUGUUGUCUACAUUGGAGGGUUUCAGGGUAAGCCUGCAAAGCCUCUUCAAUCUGAUUUAGAGGAGUUUGUGCAAAGCUCUGGUGAACAUGGGGUAAUCAUCAUGACUCUCGGGACACUGUUGGGCGACCUUGGCCCUGAGAUAUCAGAGAUCAUCGCUUCAGCAUUUGCCAAGCUACCUCAGAAGGUCGUGUGGAGGCACAUCGGUGAAAAACCUGCCACUUUGGGAAACAACACAAGGCUGGUUAAAUGGCUUCCCCAAAAUGAUCUCCUUGGUCAUCCCAAGACCAAGUUAUUCAUCACACAUGGGGGCACUAAUGGACUAUAUGAGGCCAUCUACCAUGGUGUUCCAAUUCUGGGAAUGCCUCUUAUCCUUGACCAGUUUGACAACAUAGUGCGUAUGAGGAGCAGGGGAGCGGGUGAGAUUGUAGAAGUGACAGAAAUGGAUGUUGAGUCUCUGACAGGUGCUAUAAAGAAUAUCCUGGAUCCAGAAAACUCGUACAAACGCAAUAUGCUCAAACUGUCACGGCUGCUUCAUGAUAAACCCAUCAAACCUUUAGACAGUGCUGUUUUCUGGAUAGAGUAUGUCAUGAGGCACAAAGGGGCAGCACACCUGCGUACUGAGUCUUAUAAGCUCCCUUGGUAUGCUUACCACAGUCUAGAUGUAAUGGCGUUCUUGGUUGCCUGCGGUUUGCUGAUCACCAUGUUCACUUUGGUAUCCUGUAGAUGUCUCAUUGGAUGUUUAGUAAAGUCGAAGAAGUCUACAUUAAAGCCCAAGAAAGAGUAG